GGGGGAAAGCGUCUUCCGUCACGGAUAGUUUUGUUUCUAGUUCGUUACCAUGUUAGCUAACUGUUAAAACCGGUUUUAACGGCAGCUAGUUAGCAAAACAUUGUGAGGAAUAUAUCCGCUGUGACUCGAAGAGUGCACUCAUGUCGGGUAGGAGCAGCGGUGUGGAGUGGGUUGAGACAACCGAGGAGGUUGUUAUAACAGAGGAGUGUCUUCCCUCUGAAGACAGCACCCCUGCAGUGAUACCUAUCUUAGAGCCAGCAGAAACGCCAAUCCAGAAGUUACUGGACACUGUGGGACAUGGAGACAACCCAGAGGCUGAUGGUGGCUUUUAUUGUGAGGAGUGUCUGACUCUCUUCCAGGACCAGAAUGACCCCACCAACAUUAACGGCCCGUCUUUUAUCCUCAACUUUCCAACGAGUACGGGUCUCCCCCAGAGGGCUCUCCUCACUCUGCCCUACGGCCUGAUGAUAGGCAGAUCCAGUAUUCCCAGUGCAGGCGUUGGGGUCAUAAACUACGGCCCGAUAGUGUCUCCAGGGAUGCAUUUUGGACCAUAUGAGGGGGAAGUGACAACAAGGGAAAACGCCAUGGAAAGUGACUUCUCCUGGGAGAUUUACAAAGAAAAAGAUGAGUAUGAGUACAUUGACGGUGCCAGAGAAUCGCACUCAAACUGGAUGAGGUACAUAAACUGUGCUCGUAACAAAGACGAGGCGAACCUGCUGGUGGUCCAAUACAAAGGUAGCAUCCUUUUCCAUUGCUGUCGCAGCAUCCACCCUGGAGACGAGCUCAUGGUUUGGCCCAGCAGCAAACUUCUCGACCAUUUUAGUGAAGCUUGGACCCAGGUGUGGAUUAUGAAGCUGAAUGCAACAGAGAGUAAAGCAACUGCAGCGUCUCAGAUCUUCCUGUGCUCCCACUGUCAGCUGUCCUUUACCACAGAGUCCUUCCUGCAGCGUCACACAGAAUGCUUCCACAUCCAGCCUGAAGGCGACGGCACAACACCAGCUGCUGAGACAGCUGAACCUGAAAAUCCUCCUUCCAGUGCUGACUCAGGUGACCCUGCAGCAUCCCUGGUGGUGUUAACCGUUGAUCCCGUCGAGUCCAAAACAUGUGGUGAUUGCGGGAAGACUUUCAAGCAAAUACCUCACCUCAGGAGGCACAAGCUUUGCGUCCACUCAAACAGACGUCCCUACUGCUGCCCACACUGCAGGAGAAGUUUUAGCCAGGCGUCUGGAUUAAUCAGACAUCAGCUAGUUCACAGAAAGCAAGCUGCGAUGAAAGAGACAAACAGUGUUUCUAAUCAGAACAAAGACAUCAGUGAGAAGGAGGAGAGCCUGACACAGAUAUCUGAACUUUUAAACAUGGCAGAUCCAGCUGUUACUGAGGAAACAAAGGACACGACUGAGAGUGACGAUGUACAAGAACCUACGAAUGUAACUGAGACUGAGGACGCUGCUGCAGGAGAGGCAGAAACAUCCCAGUUCAUUUGUUCAGACUGUGGCAAGAGCUUCACAAACGAUGCCUCUCUGAAAAAGCAUAAGGCAUAUGUCCAUCAGAGGUUACGUCCGUACGUCUGCACUGUGUGUCACAAGUGUUUUGGCCAGUACAACGACCUGACCAGGCACCUGCGGCACCACCAGAAACAUGGCAAGAUGGGAGAAAAACUCAAUGAGGCUCCGAAGGAACCUACCAACAUGCCCUUUAGCUGUGCUGAGUGUUCACUUACGUUUCCUUCAGUGGAGGCUGUUCAGCAGCACAUAACUGAGCAUCACUCAAAGGAGACAACAGUGGACAAUCAGGAAGCUGAUCCAGUGCUCUGUGGUGAUCAGAGCAAUGAUCCAGAUUACAGUCCACAACCCUCGAUGGCUGAAACAGUUGAAUCUGCUCAAAAACGUCAAAGGCCUCAGCGGGUUGGUGCUGGAUCUAAAAUUUCUGCCAUAACCAAGCUCAUAGCUCCAAAACGGAGGGCAGCCAUCUGCAAGAAGCCGCUUAGGAGCUCCACUGAACCGGAGGCGCCCGCAGUCAGAAAUGCCAAGUUCAAAAAAUACAAAUGGUUCAGCUGUAAACGCUGUAAACGAACAUACGGAAACCCAGACGAUCUCAAAGUACACAAGUGCACCUCGAAACAGCUGGAGUGUGGUCAGUGUGGGGCGACCUUUAAUAAGUCGGGCUUCCUGAAGAGACACGAGCAGAUGGUGCACGUAAAUGCAAAGUCUUGCAGCUGUGAGCGUUGUGGUAAAGUCUUCACUACAUCUGGGAACCUGAAAAAGCAUCAGAAGAGCAACACGUGCAUGAAGUAUCACUGCACGUCAGAGCCUUUCCCAUGCUCGUACUGUCAGUUCUCCUUCACUAUGAAGAGCUACCUUAUUAAACACAUCAAGAGGCACCACCCGGUGGAGUAUCUGUCACACUGUGAUUCAGACAGCCUGGUGGAUCAGCUGGAAGAAGAGGAAGAGGAGGGGGCCAAAGAAUAUGUAUGCCCCCACUGUGGGAAGACUUGUGCGAAUGCUAAAUCUUUAAAAGCUCACGCGUGCUUCCAGCAGGUGAAGGUGCUGUACUUGUGCACCGACUGCGGGAAGGGCUUCACGAACCACUACGGCCUCAAGCAGCAUCAGCGCAUUCACACGGGCGAGAAGCCGUACAGCUGCCCCCACUGCAGCAAAAGCUUCUCCUACACCGGCCAGCUCAACGUGCACCUCAGGACUCACACUGGUGAGAAGCCGUACCUGUGCACCCACUGUGGGGAGAGCUUCCGGCAGUCGGGAGACCUGAAGCGACACGAGAGGAAGCACACGGGGGUCAGGCCCUACAGCUGCCCUGAGUGCUGUAAAAGCUUCAGCCGGCCGCAGAGUCUGAAAGCGCACCAAAUGCUUCACCUGGGACAGAGAAUGUUCAAAUGCACCCAGUGCGGGAAGAGCUUUUCCCGAAACUAUCAUCUCAGGAGGCACCAUCAGAAGAUGCACUUGUAGUCACAUUGUUAGGACUUGGAAAGGCUAUAGAAGAGCUUGAAUUGAUGCCAGUGUAAACUUAAUUGCACUAAAUGGUCAAGUACUUCAUCACUGUGCACUUCGAAUGUUGCAGAGAAUUUUUGAAUGUCCUUUACACAGCAUUAUUUAAAGUUAUAUUUAAGUUUGUUUAAAGCAUUUCACAACCCAAAGAUUGGAACUUUAUGUGUAGAAUAAUACAUUUUUGUUACAGGGUAUGUGUUUUUGUUUUCAACCUGGACCCUAUUUCCCCAUGUUUUUGUGUCUAAACGACUAGUGGAUAAAAUUUUUUUUGGAAGUGGUUCAGUGUUUAGGGAGUGUGCUGCAGCUAGCAGAGACAAACAGGUUGCAGUGUUAACACUCGUGGCAUCUGGCACUGUCAAUUUAUGUCCACUCAAGGUGCUUUUUUGCCACUGACAGGCUCAGAUGAUUAUUCUAAGUGUCUGUUGAAAGAUCCCCACAGAGACAGACCUUUUUGGUUAUGAGUAAAUCCGUUUUUGUUUAACCAGAAACAGCCCUGAUCCCCAUCACCAUCCACCAGACUCCAUUCAAAUUAACAGUAGUUUUAGCGUAUAUAGAGCCAGUGUAUUUUUUACUUCUGACUGGGUGAAUUAAGGGUUUAUUUCAAACCAGAGUUGGUGAUUGUUAGAAGAGUGGAAAGACAAAUCAUAAGGGUUUUUGUGAGUUUUAUUUAAUUUCUGUCGACUGUGAAUGAAGUGUGUUUUAUUUUAAAAUUACUGUUUAUUUAAAUGGAGUCUGGUGAGUUUGGCGAUAGAGAUUUCAGGGCUGUUUCUGAUUAAAAAGUGGCUAUGUUCAGACUGCAGGUAAAUCACUUUUGUUUCUCAAAUCAGAUCACAGAAGCAUGAGAAAUGGAGGUCUAUCAUUUCGCACUUCAAACAAUUUAUUUUGUUGCUCCUCAUGUUGUCCUCCUUAGUGCUCUCCUACCUGUUUUCCACCAGCAUGGAACUGGUUUUGUUCCGUCUCCCGCACGUAAUCUUGAACCAUUCAGAGCAUUUCGUUUAGAAGUAAGUUGGUUCAGAGCCUGAAAAAGUUUGUUCUCAACUGGAACCAAGAAAUAGCAGGUUUUUCCUUGACCUGGAGUGGCAGCUGUGACAACGUCAGUGGGCGUGUUAUAUUCGACAGGUUGGAGAGAGAGGAUGGAGAAGGCAACAAUGGGAAAGUCAAGUGAGAAAUCUUUGGGAAAAAAAGAUCAUGCGGUGGUCUCAUUGAAGAUGCACAAUUGCCCAUUAACAUUUCAUUGCAGCCUGUUUGCUGCUGCAGCCCAGUACUGGGCCAAAAUUGUUGUCUCCUUAAUCAUUUAAGCCCUGUUUCCACCAAGCAGUACAGUACGAUACAGUUCAGUUCGGUACGCUUUUUGUCCGUUUCCACUGUGAAAAGUUGUGGAUGGUACCAAUGGAACCGUUCCAUACCAUCCCCUUGUUUGGUCCCCCCUCUGUUGGGGUACCUAGCACACAGAUCUGGUACUAAAAGGUGGAGCUGUGAACACUGCAGUCUGAUUGGUCAAUAGAGGACGGUCAAUAUAUUAAUUUUGACCUGACAGUCCUCACUCGGAGAAAGAAAAAGGUGUUACAGAGUGUCGUUCCUGUGGGCUCCAGCAACACUAAACCCCUGAGCUUGCCUGAGAAGGACAAAAUGCACAAACCUGCUAUUUUUAAAUAUCCCAUGGAGAGAGACUCUCA